GUAGCACGUAUCGAUCAAAUAUAUUUCUAUCCCUGGUUUAAACGAUGCUUAGUUUGUGCUUGGUCCUACUUUAGAGGCAGCUGGCUACUUCGCAUUGCAUAGAGUUGAUUAUUGAUUAGUGGAUAUUGCUCUUUUUUAUUCUCACCCCCUACACAUCGUCAAGAUUUGGACGGUUCUACUUGAGUAUCCACUACUCAUAACCAACAUCCAGAUUUUGAGUUAUAUAAUUAUUCCGUCACUUAAUCCGAGGACCCAAUGAAAUAUUGCCUAUUCGAAUGGUGUGCUGACGAAUACAGUUUUUAGAAUUCAAGAUGAUUUUAAGCUGCUCAAUACUAUUAUGAUAAACAUAAUCAUUCACAAAUUUAUCCCAUAUUACUUGUUAUAUCGCAAUUACUCAAAGUGAAAAAGCAAAUAUCUAGACCCAGUUGCAAAUGGAUCUUUCCUGUGAGCGUAUUGUAGGAUGAGAGCAGUAAUGCUGUGGAUAUUUUGCUCAAAAUAGGCAAACUCAUGAUUUAAAAUACCAACCCCAUAUGUUACUGUUAGUCGUUUUGCCUUAUUUUUAAUUUUCUGAUACUUUUGACCAAGGAGUGAUUUGAGUAUGCAGAUAUCGACCAGCCCUUAGUGUCAACAGCUGGAAAACAAACCUUUACGAAUAACAACCUCAUACCUGUUAGAAAAGUUAGUGGCUAUCUAGAAUGAUUAGUCUGCCGAAAAGUGUUGUGUCAUUGGAGGUGGGAGUGAGCUGUGUUUGAGUCCUAGUCCGAAAAUCGACAUAGGGUAAUGGUACGUUCAGUUGAUGAGUCCCACAGUGAGUGAAGUGCGCGUUCAUGAUUUUACUCUUAAACAAAAUCCAUAUAUAUUGUAAAAUCAUAAGUAUGAGUGAUUGUGUGCCACCCUCAGAGCGUAAAUAUGCCAAUACAGAUUUAUCAAGAUUCAGUUUUGAAAAUUAGCAACGGGAAAACGCAAAACUUUAAAAAUAAUAAAUUUGAACACCAGUGUGUUUGACGCUUUUUUGUUAAAAAAAUUUGAUGGAAAGAAGAGGUGUGAAGGCAAACACUUUUAUUCAUCAUCGGUUCUUUCACCUAACGUACCAAUCCUGGCUAAUCUCCGAUUUUCAUAUUUAGAAAACUUUCAUAAACACAAAAUAUGAAUUUGUAGCGUCUCUUAACCGAAGCGAAUGAAGACGACUUCAUUACACUUUCAGUGGACACGCAGAAGUUUAAGAGAGCUCGUGAACUAGAGUAGUAUUUAUUUUUCGUAGUUAAAGAAGGUCUUAUUCUUAACUUUUAUGUUUAUUAAUUUUCUCCUACUGAUAUUUAUGGGUACUAAAAAGUACACAUACACAUUUCAUAACGUCCAAUCAAACUUCUAGUACUACAUGAAAAAUAUCUUCAGUAAUUAUUUGCAAAACAUCUAAUUUGUCACUUAUAGAUGGAAACUUCAGUCAGUUGUAAAAUGGAUUCGUCAGACGAAGGUUCAUCUCUUCCGGUAACCCAAAUAGACGCACCAGCUUGUGUCCAUAAACACGAACCUACUGCUGAAGAAAAAGAGCUUACGAGACUUCUGAUUGAACGUGUCCUCCCUCCAUUUUCAAAAUCACUAAAACUACAAGCUCUUGUGGUUUAUCAAGCUGAUCAAGAAAAGAUGAAGUGUUUACUUGUUAACCAAACUUAUGAAAAAAAUGAUCAUUCUUUUGAAAACGACAGUCCUAAUCAAGACUUAUCGGAUUCAGGAAUUAUGGAUACAUCUACAGAGUCGAUUUCACCGAUUAAAAGACAAGCUGAUGACGUUAUAAAGAAGUAUGGCUUUUCGAUCUCAAGACGUAAACGGAAGCUAAGUCGACCAUGUAAAAUACCUCAAACUUCUGUUGUUUCUGAUCCUAUCGAACCUGUACCUGCUAUAACUGCUUCAUCACCAACUUCCGUUCCAGCUCAACAAAUCUCGAAAGCAGUCACUGAAAUUGUAACACCGAUGAAAAGUGGGCCAACAAAUGGUUUGUUUUUACCUGUCUCAGCAGUUACACUUCUUCCUCAUGUGAGUGUUUUUUCCCUACCUGUAACAGUACUAUCAACUAUCCACCGCCCCAUUUUACCUCGAAUUUGCACUGAUAAACAGCCUAUUCCCCGUCCUGUUAACAGUUAUAAUUUGCAGACAGUUAUUUCGCCUCAAUUAAAACAUACAACGUCAUCUAAUUCACUUCCCAAGAAUUCCACCAAAGAAUCCAUAAACUCAACAGAUGAUUCAAGUGUCCUUAAUCGUCGAUAUGCCAAAUCAUUUAUAUGCAAUCAGUGUCGGAAACCAUUUACAUCAUUAACUUUACUAUGUGAACACACAUUUGCAGUGCAUAAAGCAUUUAGGUGUACUAUAUGCGGUGCUCAAUUUACUCAACGAUCCAAUCUUCAACGUCAUUCUCUUCGUCAUGUUGGUUUCAAACCUUUCGUAUGUAAGAUAUGCGAUAAAUCUUAUUAUCGUAAAGACCAUCUUGUUCGACAUAUUGAACUAACACAUCCUGGUUGUGAUCCACGUACAAAUCUUACUGUGAAACUAAGUUCAGCUGAAUGUCUGGAUUAUCUAGAUCAAAUAAAUAAACAGGAUAAUACAAAUUCUGAACAGAUGCAAAUAUCAUGUCAAAACACCACUAGUAAUAAUACUCCUGAAAUCGCUGUCAAACAAGAUGAAAAUGAUUCCCAAGAAAAAUUAUGCAUUCUAGUUUCUCAACAACAAGAACAAUCUGGUAUUUGCUCACAAUCACAUCAAAUAUGCACUAGUAUAAAUUCCUAAAAACCAAUUGUUGUUAUUGUUUCCCAGAAAAACCAAAUCUCGUCAUAUCACUGUCUUCUUUUCUACCGACAUAAACAGCUAUUGUUUUUUCUUACUUUUCUAUUGUUCAUUGUUUUGUUUGUUUGUUUGUUUUUUUCUUUUUUAGAAAAUUUUUUUUUACCAUUUAGCUAUUUUCUACUUUCAUAUUUUGUAUAAAUUAAUUACCAUUAUCAAUUUGAGAAAAUCAUUACCUUCAUAAUGACUGAUUAUGUAUGUAUCAUUGGUUGGUCUAUAAAGUUACUUUUUGAAUUAUAAUUUAUUAAUGUGUUUGCUUGUGAUAACGAAUGAUAAGCGAAAUCUAUAAUUGUAUAAAAAAUAAAAAAUUGUUUGAGCAACUCAUCGUUAUAGAUGGUUUUAUUGCCGUAUAUUUGACGACAAUUUUUAUGUUCUGAUUAUUCCAAUUUAGAGCUUGCCUCGUGAUGCAGCUUGGUGAUUUCAUCAAUGUAUAUCCUAUCCACUUCCAACGACUCCUAAGAUGGAAGCUGGUUUGUUCUCUCCCACAGUAGGUUGUUGCUGAUGGUAUCCGUUCGACGGACAUUGAGUAUCUUACAUGAACAAUUAUUUAGAAAUACUGAUACUUUUUGAUGAUGGUUGUAGUAGUUCUCAACAUUUCAACUGCGUACAGUAGGACUAUCAUGACUUUUGUAUUGAAGAUUCUGACUUUGAUAUUCGUGGACAGUUUCUUUGCGUUCAGUAUGUUCUUCACGUGUAGGAAUGCCUCGCCUAUAUGUCUGCAUCAGAUUUUCCUUUUUCAUCAAUCAUGCUUCCCAGGUACGUGAAUGUUUCCACAUCAUCCAGAAUUUCGCCAUCAUGUGUGAUUGACUUGGCGUUCUCCGUGUUGUAUAUGAGAAUCUUUCUUUUUCCUUGGUUUAUGUUAAGGCCUAUUGAUACAGAGGCUACUGCUACAUUAGUUGUCUUCGUCUUUAUUUGUUCGUGUGUAUGGGCUAGGAGGGUCAGGUCAUCUGCUAGGUCCAAAUCGUCUAAUUGAUUCCGAGCUGUUCAUUGUAUUCCGUGCUUCUCCUCGGAUGUUGAGGUCUUCAUAAUCCAGUCAAUCACCAGAAGAAAGAGGAACGGGGAGAGUAGACAACCUUGUCUGACUCCGGUUCUUACUAGAAAUGCAUCUGUCAGCUGUCCUCCAUAAACGACUUUGCAAUAUAGUCCAUCGUAUGAAUUCGGAUUGAUGUUGAGAAUCUUCUCAGCAACUCCAUGGUGUCGAAGAAGUUUCCAUAAUGUUCUCCUGUUCACACUGUCAAACGCCUUCUCAUAGUCAAUGAAGUUGAUGUAUUGUGACGAGUCCCAUUCAAUUGAUUGUUCAAUGAUGAUCCAUAUUGUCACAAUUUGGUCUGUGCAUGACCGAUCCUUACGGAAUCCAGCCUGUUGAUCUCGAGUCUUUCGUCCGGUUGAGCAACACUCUGUUGAACAUUUUUCCUGCUACUGACAACAGUGUAAUCCUCACAUUUGCUCAGACUUCCUUUCUUUGACAUCUUGAUGAUGUAUCCUUCUUUCAAGUCUGUCAGUGGCACUUGUUCUCACAAAUCUUCCUCAAUAGAAUGUGGAGCAUCUUUGUAGCUACUUCAAUAUUUGAUUUCAGUGCUUUAUGUUUUAUAUUGUUAGGUCCUGCUGCUUUCCCCUUCUUGAUUUGUUUGAUGACGAUCCUGAAUUCUUCGAUUGUUUAUGGAGCGACAUCUAUAGGAAGGUUUGUGUAUGCUGCUUAGAUGUCCGAUAGAUUCAAUGGGGUGGUCUAUUCAUCAGAAAAAAUAAUUCAAACCAUGUAAUACAGUGUGUUUAAUUAAUUGACUACUUUAUGUCAAAGAUAGAAUGACAUGAAACGAAACAGUUUUUGGAUUCAUUUGAAGCAACUAGAGAGAGAAAUUCCAAAAAAGAUCUCAUCGUUGGUGACAAACUUCACCGAAAUAUACUCACAGUCACUUUGGACCAAGACAGGUGUUGUUUAUCACCGCAGUCACAAAUACUCAUGUCAAACACAUUUUUAAAGUCAGUUUGUGUACAUGAAUUGAUAGAUCAUUAAUCAACAUCCAUGAUAGAUAAGUUAAGCUAUACUCAGUGAAAUUCUUUUAAUCACAAUAAAAAAUUCAACUAUCUUCCUAUUUAAUCUAACUCUGUGAAGCUUCGCAUAAGUUUAAAACUUUCGAAAUUCAAAUGUUUACAAAAAGUACAGUGACUGGUUUUGUAGGAAAUUUCUAGAGUUACUUUUGAUUGAUUGUUGAGUCAAAUAAUCGAACUCGAGUAAGUAAAAAAGACUGAAAUAUUGGAUCACACAAAUAUUUUUGAUGGAUGAUUACCAGACUAUAGCUCAUCUGCUCUAAGCAAGAUUCAGACGGUAAUCCAAGUGAGAAUUCUCCCUGGUGCACGUUUACUACAGAAUAAAUAGUCAGACGAAUAAUAACUAUAAGUACUUGCAUUUCAUGAAUACUAAUAAUUUCAUCCAAAAGGUUACUUGUUUAACAUAACUCAUAACAUUAUUACAUAAUGUUUGUGGGGUACAGUACAAUACAGAAAAAAGUGUAUCCAUAUUUUCUUGAUCUAAUAUCUACUUCUCUGGUCAAACUGACCCGACCCUCUCAGUUGAUUGAACACAAAAAAAUUCCCGACCUUUCUAGAGCCAUAGCACCCUUGAAAUAUUAAGUUAAUAGUUUAUAGCAGUCCAUAUUGUAGCUUCAGGUAAUGUGCGAAUAGAAUGACAAAUAGAUAUUAAUACCGGUGACUGAUUACCCUAUCAUCUACUUGAUUCACUUCACAGGUCAAGAACAUAUAGAAACCUACCUCAUUGAAGGGUGGAAAUCACAAACGAGAACGAAGCAACUAUGCAACACCUAUUUUCAGCGAAUUCAUUUUCAAAGUUAGAUACGCGUAAAUAAAUGCUUAUUUUUCAAGAUGAUAAUAAUUACAAUGAUAGUGAUAGUAAAAUUCUGUUAAACAUGGUAACAGUUAGGUAGAAUAAACAAAGGUAUUAAAACUUUAUUUUUAUCAGGGAAAACAAUAAUAGUUUAAUUGUUAAGGGCCCGAAUAUUCAUCAUGAAGACAGAUAGCGAAAUUAUAAUUGAGAAAGAAUGGCUCAGCAUGAAAUUGAGGUGAAAUGUAAUCAGGACGAUCAUAGGAACAGAAAUAAACCGAUUGGAGGUAAAGUGUCUAUAAAUAAGAUAAAAGGGGAAGUAAAUGAGCAAAGAUAGAUGUUGGCUAGCAGCGAAAUCCAGGGAGCACGUUUCGUCCUAUGUGGGAGUCGCCAGUUGUAUGUACCUGCAUUCCAGAGUUGAUGCUCACUCAGGGACUCGAACCCAGUACAGUCCGCCUCAAGCUUCAUCGCGUUAUCCACUUAACCACUGAGUCUUAAUAGCCACCUGCUUGUGCAAUGUGGUGAAGUUUAAAUUCACCAGGAUGCAUGUACAUUCAGCCGACAAGUUCCAAAUAAAACGAAACGCGCGUCCUGGAUCCCACUGCUAGCCACCAUUCAUCUUUGCUUACAAAGCUUGUGAAUUAAGGCAAUAUUGAGGCAGGAUCCACAUAUGCCAACAAGAGACUGAUCAAUUGCAGCCCUAAACAACAAAAGGAAGAUACACGCAAAUAAUAUCAAGGGAGGUAGAUCUCUAUGAAGGAAGAAAAGUAUAAAGGAGAAAGAAAAUUAUGGAACAUUAAGACCAUGGUAGAAAAAAUGGUUGUACUAGUUUCUUUUGAAGACAUAAUUCUGGUUUUUCCAGAUGUAUAGCUAGUGCUUCGGCAGUGCUAAUAAGAUGCAAUGUAACUGCCUUUGCAGCCUUCUACUUACCUUGUAGAUGAUUUUGAACACAGAGUCCGCUUCGAUUGAGUGACCUGUGUUCACAUGGUGUUCAAUUAUUGAACUUUCAUUGAGUCGUUUCCAUCUUUUAGCAAAGCUGAGUAAUGUUCUUGAAUUCUUUUGAAUAAAAUACUCAUGAAAUAACCUAUAUAUAUGGCUCCACAUGAGCAGAUAAAUCGAUAAAUACACACAUAGUUGAUCAGAUGCGAUAAUUUAUCCUUAAGAUUAUUGAUGAACAUUAACCGUCUAGAGAACACUAUUCGCAAAGUUUCUGCGGAAAAAGUUCAUUUUAGAGAAUCGAAAAAAUUCGUCUUUAGGAAGUCAGUAACUAAAUCACCUCUGAAAUCAGUGUUCAUAUCAAGUGUUUUUUUUUUCAACCGAGUUUGUUUUUGUCUUUUGCAGUUUGGGUUUUAUAUUUUUAUCAAUAAUUAUCAAAGGAUACUCAUAUUCGAUAAGUAUUUUCUUAAGGAGGCUCAGUUUGUUAUCUGUGACCUCGGGACUACAAAUUUUUCGUAUUUGGAUAGUGGGCAAUAUGACUAAGUUUCGUUUCGACCAAUGGAAACCAAGCUGUGGAAGCUUGAUAGCUGUCCAUCCCAAAUCAAUAGAACCAAGUUAAUUUAAUUACACAAGACAGAAAAUUUAAUUAUUUAAGUGUCGAAUUCUCAUUUAAUGCAUUGCAGUGGCAUCAAUCAGUUGUAUUACAAAGUAUGUAGCAAGAAUUUAUUAAACGUAAAUAAUUCAUUUCAAUUGUUUAUCCAUCAAAUGAUAACGUUCUAAGAAAACUAAACCAAUGUUGGACCAAUUUACUGGAUAAAUCGUUACGAUUGGAUGAUAUGUAGUGUCCGUUGUUAUGUUAAGCCCAUAACCUUACUCUAGCUUCUGGACAAGCCAAUUUACCCAUCCAUCUGGAGUCACGUUUUCAUCUUGUUAACUGUUCAUUUAUUAAACCUGACCGUUUUUAUACGAGCGUAGGUGUGUGUACACUUUUUAUCUUAUUCAUCACAUGUCUGUCAUUUAUUGUUAUCUGACUAUAAAUAUUGAUUAACGCUUGAUUAAAGUGAAUUGGCUUACCCGCCACCUCCAAUGCGCGUCGUUUUUGUUUCGCUCACUGAUAUUUACUCAUGUGUUUAUAAAUAUUUCUGGCAUUCGUCAUUUGUCAAUAAAACUGUAGUUGCUACUUC